CAACGAACGGAGUGUCUUUCUGACAGCGUUCGCCGUACAGGCUCUGGCAGAUGCGUCAAGCGUCAUGAAUGACCCCACUGGUAUCAGCGACGCCGAAAUCGAUCAAAGCAUACAGUAUUUGAAAUCCCUACAGGAUCCUUCCACAGGUUGCUACAGGGAAAUGGGUCAAGGAAAUCCUGCAUUUACGACUCCGGCGCAUUUGACUCUGUACGUGGGGCUGUCGGUUAUCAGAGAGAGAGAAAAGGACUACGACAUCUACAAGAGCGUCGUGCAAUGUGUGGAAGCUGAACCCACGCUCAACAAUCACUCGUUGGCAAUGUACGCCUUCCUGUCUGCAAGAAUAGGAGAAGAAGCCAAGGCCUCUGAACUCAUCGGCACACUCCUUGCUAAUGCUGACCAUUACUAUUACUACACCUACUGGUCUGCCAGUACAUACAACGAACAAGUGGAAACUGCUGGAUACGUCCUACAUGCCAUGUUCCAGAUUGGCCAGGACAUGACACCCGCGGCACCAGUGUCGGAGUACUUGAUUGAACAGUUGAACGUCGGUGGAGUAACGCCUUACACAGAGGCGUAUGCUGUUGGGAUCCAUGGGCUGUACCACUACGUCUUGGAGACCACGUACAGACCUCACGUCUCGAUGAUGCUCACCGUAUCCGCUGCAAACGGCUAUAGCUCCCCUCGUUCGGUCGACUUCACCAUAACUGAUGAAAACAAGUUCAUGUACCAGCACAGAGUCCUCGAAAACUCAACUGCGACGAAGUUUCUAACCACGAUUCGUCCAGGAGGGAUUGGCUGUGCUGUUACCUUUGUCAAAUAUAGCCUCAACGUGAACAGCUUGCCACCAUCCAACACCUUUCAAGUGAACGCAACGACCGUUUCACCAAGCGAUUGUUCCGCGGCAGAUGUUACCAUCUGUGUCUGCAUCUUUGUAAUGGAGCCGUCCAAGCGUAUGCAGUUGGUGCCAAUUCACUACUGAUACUACUACAGGUGAUUCCGGCAGGCAGCUGCUUCCGCUUCCGCCAGAACCGGAUCACUGUGGUCGGCAAUUUGCAACCGGCUCCGGUGACCGUUACGGACUACUAUAAUAGUGUGAACAACGUCUCCGCACUAUACACUGCUGGGGACAACUGUGCUGAACCCAACCGUAUGCUUGGUAUGGGUGGAUCCUCCACCUUUGGCGAAUCAAUGAAAUAUGGCAAACCAUAUCCUCCUUAUUAAUAUUAUGCGUGAGGCGUUAAAG